CGCACAAAAAGGCUUCAUUCUGCCAUCGACAUCGUGGCCUCGCGGUUGUGUGUCCGUCCGUCUGCACGCGGUUGUUGUUGUUGUUGUAACAGUGCCACCCGUUUGAGAGGUUGGUUGUGUGCGGUAUCGCCGAAAGCCUUCUUCCACCGUGGGGUGUAAUUCCUGCGCGAUGGAUAAUUAGGUGUCGGUUGCAGACGACGGCCGAUAAGGAUCGGAAGCGGGCGGGUUUCUUUCUUUCGAGAGCCCAAAGUGCGGAAGUGUCGAGUGCAUUCGAGAUGAACCCACCAAAGUUCGGGUGGCUUGUGUGGUGCCCCACAGUGAAUGGAUUCACGGCUCAUCAUCAUGGCCAAUCUUAAACGUGAGACGGUGCUCGGUAUCAAGCACGGAUAGUGUGACAUUGCAAUCGAGCGCUGAUCCCUCGAUGCAGCAGUAUUAGCACAGCGAAGAGAAAACCCCCGUUGGAAGUGCAUGUGCAUGGGGGGUGUGUGUGUGUGCGUGUGGUGAACCAACAGAAACGGCCAUCCCGGGUCCUUGUUUGAAAGUGUGUAAAGUGUGUGUCCUCUUCAGGGCAGAUUGCUAUAAACAAAAAGCCACCACGUUAAUUGCAGUGUGUACUUACGGUCGUUUCGAAGUGUUUUGCCUUGCGUUCCGAGACCACCGGGGACCGGACCUGCAUACUUUCUACGCUGGUGCUGGCGGCCGCCCGUUUACGCAACCCAUAAACGAUAAACUGCGCUCGGUCGUGAAAGCAGUCGGCGGGUGAGUGAUGCCGUUGAAAAGUGCAUGCCCGUGAGGAUCGAUCGAGAUGCACGCGCGUGUGUGUGAACCUACGAGUCAUGUAGUGUCGAUUUAUUGAAGAAUUGAAGAAUCGUUCCCUUAAGUGCUUCCUGAUUCCCUGAUGGUGGGUAAAUAGUGGGGAAAAAAAAAGAAAAAUCGCAGCGCAACGUGUUGUGUGCGUCUCCAGUUUUCAGUGGGGCGAGAAUCCACAAUUCGCUCGGACCACACACACACGCGAAGGGGGCCGAAAUUGCGGCUCCAAUGCAAUAGCAUCAGCAUCGAGCAGCGAAAAGCCGCGUUGCAGUGUUGUGCAGUGCAGUGCCCGUAAAGAAACCAACGAGAACGCCACCCGCCUCAGUAGGUCAAGAUGCACCAAGGCAAAGCGAGUCUGCUAAAGCUAGCGAUCGUUCAACACGUCUGCCUCUACCUACCAUUGGUUGUGCUCGCCACUAGCAUCGUCAGCAUGAACGAUAAUCUACUGACCGCGAGGUGUCGUUCGAACUGUAUCUACGACGAAAAAUGCUACAACGUGUGCAUGAUCAACUUUCUGGAAAACGCGACGUACAAAAAGUAUGGCCACUGUCCACCGAAGCCACCCACCAAGCUGGAUAGCCUGUGCCUCAACACCUGCGACGGGUUGGACUACAAGUGUCCCGGUGUGGAGAAGUGUUGCGAGCACUCGUGCGGCCACAGCUGCCAGAGUCCGUACGGGUUGGAGCGUGUGGCCGGCCUUCCACCCAUACCGACGCACGUCCAGCUGGUGGAGAUGGGCCGGUUCUACCGUACCGCCCAGAUCCAGUGGGACAUGAAGGUGGAGAGCGAGCAGAGCCCGACGUACUACAUCACCGAGUCACGGUUUCACAUCGGCACCACGUACGCGGAGCACAAGAUGGAGAACGACUGGCAGAUCCACGAGCCGGACAUGGUCACGCAGUACAACCUGGGCACCGUGAAGCAGUACGUCGGUGGCAUCAAGCUGAAGCCGGGCCGGUGGUAUCAGGUACGGGUUGCCGCUGUCAACGGGAUGGGUACGCGUGGCUACUCCACACCGUCACGGCCGUUUCAGCUAAGCAAAAGGCCAAAUCCACCACAGCCACCGAAAGCUCUCACCGUCGGCUCGCUGGAGCUGACCGAAAACCGAACGUACACCUGCCGCGUGUCGUGGGAUUUGCCACGGUCCGACCUUCCCGUGGAAAAGUACAAACUCAGCUGGAGCCUCUUCCUGAACUUUACCAGCAAUCGCUCCAAAACGGACAACUCGUCACUGUUCAAGGAGAUGGCUACGAUCUCGGCCCCUACCCGCCACUACGACAUCCAGGGGCUUCUUCCGAACCGGUACUACUACCUACAGAUACAAGCGAUCAGUGUGUAUGGCAAGCGGCGCCUCAAAUCAGCUGCCAACCAUCUGCUGGUGAACACGUCCUCUGUAACACCCGGACAGGACAAGGGUCAGCCGAUCAAUCUGGACAACCUGCUGAUGGGUGAUGCCGGCUAUCGACGGCCCAAGGGUCAACCAAGCCUGAAAGAGGGUGUACAUUCUUCACCCGCUUCAGCAACCGGCGGCAGCAGCAGCAGCAGCAGCAGCAGAUCGCUCGGCAACGGGUUGCUACCGUCAUCCGGUACGUUGCGGUACCAGUUUGCGCUACGAAAGUCGGGUCUUGCGGUACGGUUGAGCUGGUCCGAGCGAGGAUACGGCCGGUAUCGGUUGCACAUGUGCCGCGGUACCCGCGAAUGCUUAACGGUGGCUCGUGGAUCGUCCAGCCCCAACAACCAGUGGCAGGACGUAGUGUUGCGACGGAAUGCGUACGAGUUUGGCAAGCUGGAAUUCAACACCCGGUAUACGGCCGGCGUACGAAUAGGGGGGCAUCGGCGCAGCACGCCCGGCUAUGACAUUGUGCGAUCGUUCGUCACUCCCAAGUGUGAAAAGUUUCGCGACCAAGAGCUGCUACCGGCAGGGUGUAACGUUUGAGGGGGGAGGGGGAGUAGCACACAAACACACAAACACACAGACACACACACACAGAGCUUAUUACAUGAUUGCAAUAGAUUUUGUCCUUUUCUGUGUUCCCAUGUUUUCCCAUGUCGCCAUCUUUGAAUACCAUAGAUCAAUUGAGCUGCCAUCGUUAGAUAUUUAAGCUAUGUUUUGUAUUCUAAGAAAGAUGUCUGGUUGAAGUAACUAAAUAUAUGUGAUUGUGAUCGUGCAAGAUGCGAUCGCUCCAUUAAGGAAGUUACCCAUCCCGCACGGUAUACUGCAUUGCAUUCGAAAUUGGUUAGCAACACGGGUCUUUAGGACAAUUAAAGUGCAACUUGGAAUCUCCUUGGUGUCAGUCCUGCGUACGGGAUUAAAAUCGAUGCACCUGGCAGGGCGGUCUUGGUUGGCUGAACUUCACAAGCUCUUCAGGAAAUAAAUCGUACUGUUCUAUGGCAACUUCUCCACUCUAAAUAUCUGUCGCGACGGACGAAGCUGGGACUGUACAGAACAUUUAUAGUCCCAGUACUCACCCCAGUCCCAGUUUAUAGUCGCAAGCCCUCUUAGCCGCGCGUUCGAGAGGAAGAUGCUCAGAAGCAUUUUUGGCCCCGUAAGUGUGUGGAAGGACAAUGGAGGAGCCACUACAAUGACGAGCUCUAUGAGCUGUAUGAUGGUCUCACCAUAGUGCAGCGCAUUAGACUCGCCAGGCUCCGGUGGGCUGGUCACGUCAUGAGAAUGACACCGGACUACCCAGCCCGUAAAGUCCUUUUAGGCCGUCCACACAGACAGAGGAGGCGUUGUAGGCCCAAAUUGAGAUGGAGUGAUCGCGUUGAUGCGUCCGCCAGAACGGCCGGUAUAGACAGACGACGGCGCUAAACCGUGAGCGGUAUCGAGGAUUGGCGCAGCAGGCCAAGACCGCAAAGCGAUUGCAGCAGGAGGGAUUCGAUGGGAAACCGGUACGGUUGCUGAAGGACACACAGUAGACACCGUCCCUAUCACACCGAGGACUCUUAUGAGGAUGCAGGACACAUCCCGGCCAUGCCGGACAGAACACAUGAUGAAAGGCUUCUUAAGCCAUUAAAUAAAUUUAGCAAGCAAGUUGAAUAGUUUGUUGCAGACGAACAUACUGUGCCCUUUAUUUAUUACAAUUUGUAUAUUUUACUUACACUUAAGCAUCUUGACAAUUUACUUUACUUCAGCUAUAAGAACGCAGUGUACACAAAGAAGCGAUUUCACAUGCAAUUCAAUCGAACGUUCAAUGCAUCGGAUUUUUGUUUGUUUGUUUGUUGUGCUUGUUUCGCAAUCUCCCGCUUGCGAUCUCACACAUGCACGACGACGGUCGGUUGCUUGAUGGGGUUGGGGGGCAACAUAA